AUGGCAAUAACAGCAGAGGCUGUCCCUUUCCCCCAGUUGCCUGAUAGCCAUUCUCAUUGUUUCAGAACAGUGCACAGAAAACCAGCUGACCUGCACAACCUGGCCCCUGGCACCCAUCCGCCCUUUCUGACAUUCAAUGGGGAUGUCAAGACUGACGUGAACAAGAUCGAAGAGUUCUUGGAGGAGACCUUGACCCCGCAAAAGUACCCCAAACUGGCUGCUAAACACAGAGAAUCCAACACAGCUGGGAUUGACAUCUUCUCCAAGUUUUCUGCAUAUAUUAAGAACACAAAGAAACAAGAUAAUGCCUGUGACAUCCUGGGGUCCAAAGUCUCACUGUCCACAGGGAUUGUGGCCAAGAAAUACCGCAACUACGAGAUCCCUGCAGAGAUGACAGGUUUAUGGCGAUACCUCAAGAAUGCUUAUGCACGAGAUGAGUUCACUAACACCUGUGCAGCUGACAGUGAGAUCGAGAUGGCUUAUGCUGAUGUAGCCAAGAGACUCAGCAUAUCGUGAACACUUCCUCACCCCAUCUUGUUUCUGCUGCAAAAAAAGACUUAUUCUCCACCAAAGACUCCACCUUCACAGACUCUUCUUCCUUAUUGCCUUGGGAAAUUUUAUUUUGUUGUUGUUUUUUCCAUUACCAUGUCUUGCUGAUGUCACCAUAACACUAUCAUGCUAUCUUUCAGAAAUAUCUUGAACUCA